UCCGGCAACUUUGACUAUGCGCUGGAUACAGCAGCCAGUAUGGCGGACAGCGAAAGUGAUUUGGACACAGACGGGCUUGAUAUAGCUCUGGACACAUUGUGUAAUAGAUACUGCAGCGACGAGUCAUCUCUGAAGAGCAAAGAAUAUUGCUCUGAGUUCUGUGAGUUGGUUGAGGAGUACACAGGGCAAUGGCAAGUUCCUCUCCCCCAGCUCAAGGUGCUGCGGACAGCACUCUGCAGCUUCACCAACGCCACUGCUGCCUUCCCCGAUGACUGCCAGCACAUCCACUAUGUUCUCAGCAGUCUGGCCUUGAGCUUUUUUGAACUGAUGCUGUUUUUCAGCAAAGAAGAAUUUGUGGAAGACCCUUUAAAAGACAUCCUUGAUUCAUUUCAGGAGUGCCACUCCCAACUCCUAAGGCAUAGGAACAUCUACCUUCAGCAUGUGAAGCAGAUCAUCAAAGCAGGAGGCCCAUGGGAGAAUGCAGUGCUGCAAGGAAUCUUGAAGGAGGCAGACUUGGCACCAAAAGAGGUUGAGGACUACUUGAGCUCAGAGUUGCCAAUAUUGUUGGAGCUGCGGGUUCGUUAUCUGCAGGCCUGUGAACGAAUACCGGAAGCCAUGGCCCUUGCUAAAAGCUGCUUGGAAAAUCAUGAGGCUGGAAAGCACCUGUACUUCCAUCAGGCAUACCUGACCUGCCUCUACAAGGCCUCACUGCAUGAAAACCUUCACAAGGAGAUGGCAGAGAUAGAUGGCCAUGAUGCAGUUGAGAUCAUCUGCAAUACAGAGAGUGUUGAAAAGGAUGAGCUCCUGCUGUCACUGUGCAAAACCUUCCUAACCCAGCAGCUGCACAAUGGUGACAUGUAUUACAUCUGGGAUCUGGUGUUUAUCUGGAGUAGGCUGUAUCUCAGGGCCCAUCCCUCCAGACAAGGUUUCCUGGCUGAAUGCUUGGAGCUGGCUUCCUCUGCUACCAACGUCAGAGCCAUCUUUCCCUUCAUCAAACUGGUCACCACAGAGCUGGGUGGUGAAGGAGUCCAGGUCUGUGUAGAGCUAUGUGCCAGGGCCUUGCAGCUGUGUGACAUGCAGGCGGACUCUAUAACCCGGUCACUGGUCUGCAAGACCAUUGCUUUCCUGCUGCCUCAUGACCUGGAGAUCUGUCGAGCAUGUGCCCUGCUGGUCUUCUGCCAGGAACGCAGCCUGGAGGCUUACCGAACCGUCUGCCUGCUUUACAUGCAUCCUGACCAGGAGCCACAUCCCCACAACAGCCCUGUCAGAACCAGUGUUCGCUUCCAUAUUCUGCAGGUUGGAGGGAGUGAAGAGAUGCUCAAGGAUCGCCUGUGUUUUGACCCUGAGUUUUGGAACCUCCUGACCCUCAGGACCCAUUGCUUGGAGUUGAUAAGUGACAAUGUCAUGAAGGCUGCUGUACUAAAUGAGAUGAAAGAAGAAGAGGAGAAGGAACACAGUGAAGAGCUGUUAAAUAAUUGUGUAAAUGACUUAUUCACUCAAGAUUUGAGUUCAUGCCAGGGCACUGAGGCUGCAUUUGUGAACCAAGACCUUUCAGAAGCACAGACUAUAGAUGAAAAGCCAGACAAGCAUGUUGUUCCAUCAAAUAAUGCUCUUUUGAAGAGGAGAAAAUGGAGGAGAAGACUGCGAAGGAGAAAACGGUCUGCAUCUGAUGAUGAGGCAGACCUUGGUGAUGAUCCAGAGUUCAAAUACAAUCUCAAAUCUACAACUUUGGGUCAUAAGCCCAUGUAUUCACUAAGACACAAUCACACUAACAUGGAACAUUCUGCUUCUGUAAAGCUUCCUCUAAACCGCAAGAGAGAAUACUUGUCUAGGUGUGUAAAGAGCCAAAUUCUGAAAAGGAAAGGCCGGAAGAAAAGAUGGUUGCAAGGUGUUCCAAGAGUGGAGCAGGUGCAGACAGUUAAAGAGAAAAAGGUCAAAGUUAAAGGUAAAAAAAGGGGAAGGAAGCCUUUAAUGAAACUGGAACUCUCGUACCCUGAUAAUGAAAUAUUCCUUACUGAGGAUGAAUCUGGUUUGGAGGCAAAAAUAGGCACACAAAACAAAGAGCAGGAUAUGGCUCAUCUGGAGAAUGAACUUGGUCAAAAGGAUGAACAGAAAAAUAAUCAGCUCGAGCACAUGACUAACCUUGAUAUGGAAAAUGCACUUGAGAACCAUAGUGACUUUGUCUGUGGUAGCACUGUCGAUGAAAAAACCCAAAAUGAAUCUCAAACAGAGCUUGGUUCCAAGCUUACUGAAGGUCCUCCUGGUGAGCCUCAAGCUGCACUUCCUGCUUUUGAAGCUGAUCCUGAGCUUGAUGGACCACCCCUAGAGUUAGUGGAUUGUCCAGUAGAACUGUUGCACAGUUACUCCCUUAAAUCAAAAAAGCCUGACAGUGAGAAACUGCAACCUCAAGAAUCCUCCGCACCAGAUGAGCUUAAUGGUGACACAGAGCAGGAGCCCCAACCCACAGUGGAAACAAAAGUCUCAGACACUGAGGUGAAAGCCAAGAGAACGUGGAAGGACAGAGUACUCCGUACUCAACAGUAUGCCCAUUUGACGUACCACUGCAAUUUCUGCCACAAAGACUAUAAGGGCUUGAAUGUUAUGAGGCAUGCUCUGUCACACCUUAAGAGUAGAAAACUAAAAUGUAUACUUUGUGGAAAACACUUUAAACAGCUUCCUUGUGCCAAAAAGCAUAUUCUGGACCACAUUGAUGAAAUGUGCAAACAUAAACCCCCUGAAAAAGAGACAUGCACUGAGGACACCCCAACUACUAAUGGAAUAGUAGACAAUGUAGAAAAUCAGAACCCAGUUCAAAAUGAAAAUCAGACUUCUGAGGAAACUUCUGAACAGAAACCUGGAGGAAGAACUAAAGGGUCAAGCCUCAGUAGGGAAGAUCGAAUCAUCAAGAACCUCCGCACCCUUAUCAAAAAGUCAAGUGUGCUUCAUAAAAAGUGCAAAAACCCUAAUGUGAAUAUUUUCCAGCAGGUAGACUUUAAGAAUGAGCAAGUAGUUAUGAAAGAUGACCUGGUGAUUUUAAAAGAUCUAUCUGUGAUGGAAGAGGAGGGAGAAGGUGAAGAUAAGGAGAAGGCAACAGAAGAAAAUGGCUAUGGUGUGGAUAUCACGUAUCACCUGUGCCCUUCAGAGUCCUGUGAUAGAGUAUUCUUGAAGGUCAACACAACACUAACAAGGCAUGCUAUCAAAUGCCAUAUUAAUGAAGAUAAGGUGUUGGAGAAGACUUUUGCUUGGGCCAAGCACAAGUGCACCCUCUGCCUCAGGCAGAUACCAUUUCUCCAGCAUUACAAGGACCACAUGAAACUCCACAACGCUCCUCUCCGUUACUUCUGCUACCAUCUAGAGUGCAAUCAGCGCUUCUUGACACACCAGGAAUUAAAGGACCAUGUCAACUCUCACCAGCCCUUCAGACCUCAGUGUCCCUUCACAGACUGUGAGAAGCUAUUCUCAAAUCUUCAGGGUCUCUAUGACCAUGAAUGGAGACACUACAUCCCAGUACCUCAAAGAGAGGAGCUAGAAUUGGGGCCCAACAGACAGAAGACACAAAAUGCUGAAGCUCCAUGGAAGCAGAGAGUGAAGGUUGAGGAGCUAUGGCUGCAGAAUAAAAAGGGGCACAGGGAAAGUCCCACCCCUGAUCACACUGAGGCCUCAAAACCUGGGGAUCUCAGGGAAAUAAGCAAAACUGAAGAGCAGACUUGUAAAGUAAAUGACCCAAACAGUGGUCAAGACCUGUCUAAAUCAGAUAAUCAUUCAGAAAAAACACUCAACUAUAAGCCCACAGAUGAUGGCAAAACCACCAUCAAUGGGUAUGAGGAUGUGACACAGAAUCUGAAGUCCGAGGGACUGAUCUCCACUUCCCAUACUGGUGCUGCUGCUGCUGCGCCCACUCCUGCAAGUAAGAAGUCUCGAAAAAGACGUCCUGAGUCGGACCCCUUGAAUGUACGAGACCAUGAGGACUUGUCUAGUUUGGGUGAGGGAGUCCAGCAGCCACUGGGAGAGCCCCACAUCACUGAGCACAAAUCCUUUAAACCUGAAGAAGUCUCCUUCUCGACUUUUGUCAAAGCCCCCUUCAGCCGCCCACCGCCCUCCACCUACCUGGAUGAAUCUCUGCUCUCAAUGCGCAAGAGGCGGUCCACUGAUGAGGCUGCUCCAAAGAAAAAUUCCUACUGGAGCACUAAGAAGAAGAAGGAGCCCGUCACAGAGAAGGACCAGCCAGAGGGUGAUGUGACCCCUGAGCAAAAGAUCAGACAUCGCUGUGACAAGUGUCUGUCCUCCUUCGGCAGCUUAGAAGAAUUACAGAAACACCAAGCCCUUAACACCUGCUCUGCUCUUUUUGGCUUUGAUUCAGAUGAUGAAAGUUAGUAAUGCGUGAAGAGGAGCUGCAACUGAAUAGACUAUCAUACUCUGUCACAAGGGUAGGCCUAAAGAAUGAACACUGGAACCCUGCCUCAGUACUCAGACGCAGUAAUUAUUUACAAUAAAUCUUGUGCCAAAAUGGUCAAUUGGAGGAUUUUGUUAAUCAGUAGAACUUCUGAAGCAAUAAUUUACUUCUUUCAUCUUUGUUUAAACCAUCCUCAGUGUGCACUUUAUUAAGGUAUUUCUUUUAAUCUGUGUUAUGUCAGUAUUUAUUUCACUUAUUCAAACAACAUUAGUUAUACACCGCCAGUCCAAAGUUUUAAAACACCUCCAUUUUUCCAGUCAUCAUUAGUGUUAUUCAACAGCUGAACACUUGUGGAAUUCUUCCUGCAACUGAAUUCAGAUAUUGUUUAGACAGGUAGCACUGUUGGAGACUGAGAGUAGAAAACCAAUGUGCUGCACUUGUAUCUCUGCUUUCACUCUUCAUCUGGAAAGUCUGGACAUGGUUCUGUUCCAUCAUUUGAAGCCUACUGUCUUGUUGCUUUCUUUUACACAGCCUGGGUGUGUGUUUUUGGUCAUGAUCCUCUUAAAGGAUGAAAAGGUUUCAUUUCCAUUGUUAUAACAUUUUUUAAUCUGCUGUAUUUUGUUUGAAGGUCGGUAUGAUAACGCUACAGCUAGUGCUAAUUUUGCUAAAAGAAAAGUCCCAUUAAACAGCGAGAUUGUUUAGAAUGAGCACGAUUUCUGUCAAAUCAUUUCUCAUGCUCAUCUCUGAGUCAGAAGGAACCUGUGGCAGUUGACUUUUGUACCAUUUAAGGUUAUUUACUGGACCUGAACUGCUUAAAUGUCAGUAAAAACUGGAAAAUGGUGGUGUUCUUAAACUUUUACCUGGUAGUUCAAAAGCAAACUUUGUUUUCUUAGCAUACUGUAUCUAAAAGUAACUCUGAACAAUGAGAAUCCAAAUAGUUUUUCACAUAUAAAUUUACAAAUAGCCAUAAAAUAAUGUCACAAAUGACAGAAUUCCCAUUUUAGACCACAGAAUGCCAGCAUUGUAAUGCAAACCUAUGCUGGACUCACCCCACUGUGGUAUUGUUACUGUACUAUUACACAGUGUAUGUUAAGGGUUGUGAACCUGUUAAAGAAAAGGCAUCACUCAACAAUGCAUUCGCUUUUCUAAAACAUCACUACAGAUAAUUUCAACCUGAGUUUCAGGCUUAUUGCACUGCAAGUACUGACACAUAAAUUCAGUGAAUGAUUUUUCCUGGAUAUGUAGGAGGAGGCAAAGCUGGAUGUAUGGAUAAAUGGAAAGCUUUUGCCUUUUCUUGCAUACUUUGACAUGCUUACAUUAUAAAAGGUUGCAAUGCAGGUCUGCCUGCUCUAUGUUUUUGUCUUUUAUAAGAAGACAUAAAGUACUGCUACAGUAGGCAGCUCCCCAGACAUUUGACAUGUUUCAGUGGUAUAGUUGCACCAUAUUCUGAGUCGGUGCCAUACAAAGCAGUGGAGAAACCUCUCCCAGUGCUUUUGGCAAACUGCAUCCCCACUGACCCUGGUAUGACCACAGAAAUGAAUGAACCUGUCUAAAUGCCAUUUCACUGAAAUGGUGAAGUGUUUUUGAUUGCUUAUCUCAAAUUGAUAUGGAUAUGUACGUGUCCGUUUGGUUCAUGUAUU